AUGACUGGGCUCACGUACCAAAAUAUGAUUGAUAAUAUAAAGCUAAAUCGUCUCACUUCAGCUCUUGCGGUGUCAUCGGCUCCUUACGCUGCCGUGUAUGCUGGUGGCUGGGGCUAUAACGGCUUUCUGUCAGGUGGAAGCCUCGCCAUCUUCAUGGUUCCCUCGCCGAGAGUCUUUCUCCUUGCCAUUGUAAACUCCGUCUUCACCACGUUCCUCCAUGCAGCGCUCGUUCCCUCUUUCGCCCUGAAUCAACUGCCAGUGUUCACCUUCCCGUUCUGCAUAAGUUCCCUGCUGUUCUUGGCCAUGGCAGGGGCGGGGGGCAUGGACAGUGUGCGGGUGUACGAGCCAACUUUCCCGGAACGAGAUCUUCUUCUCAGCAAGCAGGAAAUUCGAGAGACCGAGAAGGACGGCAUCGCUACUCGGGAUCCUGCAGCUCUGCCUCUGUCAGAGAACCAAAGGGAGGCUGUGUAAAGAGCUCAAACUCAGUUUCAAACACUGUCUCCACACCAAACAUUUGAUUAAAGUAGCAAGUUUGAGUUUUAGGGAACUUCUUCUGUACCAACUAGUUACAGGCGUAGAUGAUAAUAGGUUAUGGUGAAUUCGAAUGUUUAAAAUGUUUCAUCUGUUAUGUCAACAAAGAAUAUUCUCAAGAUUGUAAGAGAGAGGUCAUAAUUCAUUAAAUCUCUGGUAAUUACGUAAUCAAUGACAAUAUUCUUUGAAACUUCCAAUCAGUAUAUUUCCUUAUAAAUUAAAGAAUCCAUUCCAAAAAUGAGAAAAUGUGGACUGUUACCCAGUUCCCCUUAGGGUGUGAAGUGUGUCCAUAUAUCUGAGACGUAAACUAGUCUGCUGUUAUUACAGUAUUCUAUCUAUUGUUCUGUAGGUAAAGUACAUAUGUGUAUGAGUUAGCUAGUACCCGUUGUUUAUAUAAGUAUUACAUACUGCUUUUAGAUAAUAAAGGAUUUUAGAUGUAGCCCUGAUUAUUAGACAAUAAAAUACUAUCGUAUUAUUAGUCAGAAUGACCUGUAUUGCCUUGUACUACAGUUACUAUACUUUAAAUUAUAAUUAAGGUACCAUAAAGCAAUCUCUUUUAAUCACAUACUGGACGGAAUAGUGUAGCUGAAUGCAACAAACUACAAAAUGACUUGCAGCUGAAUACGAAAAACGGAUAUAUUGAAGAAUAAACAUUUGUGAAACAGUACUAAUACGGUUGCCUAAUCCACAAUUUUGUAGAAAUUUUAAACGUUUUAUACCGUUAUAUAACAUACCUAUCAAUAAAGAUUUAGCUAAU